AUGGAUGGCAAACGACAUCCCAGCUCCUUCCAGCAGCUGGAGAAGCUGGGCGAAGGCACCUACGCAACAGUUUUCAAGGGCCGGAACCGCCAAACGGGCGAGCUCGUGGCGCUCAAAGAAAUCCAUCUCGACUCCGAAGAAGGAACUCCGUCGACUGCGAUUCGUGAGAUCUCGCUUAUGAAGGAGCUCAAGCACAAGAACAUCGUCGCCCUCCACGAUGUCAUCCACACCGAGAACAAGCUCAUGCUCGUAUUUGAGUACAUGGACGGCGACCUCAAAAGGUACAUGGACACGCACGGCGAGCGAGGCGCCCUAAAGCCCGCCACCAUCAAGUCCUUCAUGUAUCAGCUGCUCAAGGGAAUCGACUUUUGCCACCAGAACCGCGUCCUGCACCGCGACCUGAAGCCGCAGAACCUCCUCAUCAAUAGCAAGGGACUGUUGAAGUUGGGCGACUUCGGCCUGGCCCGCGCGUUCGGCAUCCCCGUCAACACCUUUUCCAACGAGGUCGUCACCCUGUGGUACCGAGCCCCCGACGUGCUCCUGGGCAGCCGCACCUACAACACGAGCAUCGACAUCUGGUCCGCCGGCUGCAUCAUGGCAGAAAUGUACACGGGCCGACCCCUCUUCCCGGGCACGACCAACGAGGAUCAGAUCAUUAGGAUAUUCCGCAUCAUGGGCACCCCGACGGAGCGCACGUGGCCGGGCAUCACGCAGUAUCCCGAGUACAAGCCGAGCUUCCAGAUGUACGCGACCCAAGACCUCCGCAACAUCCUCCACGCCAUCGACCCGACCGGCAUCGACCUGCUCCAGCGCAUGCUCCAGCUACGACCCGAGCUCCGAAUCAGCGCCCACGACGCGCUGCAGCACCCGUGGUUCAGCGACAUUGUCAUGCACCAGGCGCAGCAACAGCAGCAGCAGCAGCAGGCUCUCCACGCGCAACAGGCACGCUGUCUCUUAUACACAUCUAGAUGUGUAUAA